GAUGUAGAUGCUUUUAUGAAACAGCCUGGAAAUGAGUCUAUAGAUACUGUUCUCAAGAAAUUGGAUGAGCAGUAUCAGAAGUAUAAAUUUAUGGAACUUAACCUUACUCAGAAGAAAAGAAGACUGAAAAAUCAGAUUCCAGACAUCAAGCAAACAUUACACAUUUUGAAAUACAUGCAGAAGAAAAAAGAGACUACAAAGCCGCUGGAGACCAGAUUCUUGCUGGCUGACAACCUUUAUUGCAAGGCCUUGAUUCCUCCUACAGAUAAAGUGUGCCUCUGGUUGGGGGCCAAUGUUAUGCUUGAAUAUGACAUAAACGAGGCCCAGGCCCUCUUGGAGAAGAACCACUCUGCCGCCACCAGCAAUCUGGAAUCUCUUGAGGAAGACCUAGACUUCCUGCGUGAUCAGUUCACCACCAUGGAAGUCAAUAUGGCCCGGGUUUACAACUGGGAUGUUAAGAGAAGAAGCCAAGAAGAGUCCACGAAAGCUCAAGCGUAAGCAGGCCCGCCCUCGGUCCUGGGCCGUGGCUCUCCCUGGGCGCCUCAUGCACUGCAGAGACCCAGAAUUUGACUUGGGAGUAAUUGCUUUUCAACCAAAAAACAUUCUAGAGUAAAACCGAAGGCAAGAAUGA